GCGGUGACUCAGAGCAACAUGCUGCUGGGCUUUUUGCUGCUGUCCUUUGUCUCUGAGAGCACAGUUAAAUCCUCCACGACAACAGGAUAUAUUUUGGCUACUACUACUACAACUACAACUACAAUGACAGAUAAACCUCAUCUUCCUCUGCAGGCAAUGGCCAUACCAGACUACCCAGUUGCAGCAGGUCAACCAGUGACGCUGUUCUGCAGUGAUUUCUCCGCUGUUAUUUGGCAACACCUAGAACAUGCGACCUGGCAGGAUGUGAGCCACAGAGGGAACCUGACACUCACUCAACCAGAGCAAAGUGGCUUGUACCGCUGCAGAGCUGAGGCUCCAUCACGGCCCGUGAGCCGGAAUUUCACAGUCUACAUCGUGGACGUGCAGCCAACAUCGAGUGACAUUUUAGGAAUAGCUGCGUUCGUCCUCUCUCUCCUGGCUUUGAUCAUCAUCCUCACUCUCUUGAGUUGGCUUGGCUGGCAAAGAUUUGGUGGUGGAACGCUGAGCACACCUGCCACUGAAGUUAAAGGGUUUCCUGGACCUGCAAAGGCAUCGAAGGCAUGUUCACCAGAGAGCGCUGGAGAUGUGUACAUGAAUUGCACAAGCAUGAACCAAGCCUACACUAAUCUGGACCCCACCAAUAUGACUGCGGAUAAUGUGUACUCGAGUCUGGGAAAGUGAGAAGACGGAGAAUGGAGGGGCGAAAAAAAGGAUUUUCAGCUGCAGAUUAAAAGUUAAAGUUAGUUCAGGACCUUCAUAUAAAGCUCAUCAUUAUGCUAAGGUUUAAGAUUGGAUGUGGUCGUGUGUACUUUGUUUGAUAAUGAUGAUUAUAUUGCAAAACGGUAAGAAACCAUCAUUUUACGACACACUAAUAAAACCUGUUAUUUGA